AUGGCUAGCUUGCCAAAGGAACGUCUCGUGCCCUCCUUGCGCGUCUUCACGAAUGUGGGACUGGACUGCUUCGGGCCCUUUCAAGUUGUGAUUGGAAGACGAUCAGUGAAGCGGUGGGGACUACUGAUAACGUGCCUUUCCACCCGAGCCGUGCAUUUAGAAGUGUUGGACACGAUGGACGCCGAUUCGUUCAUCAUGGCGUUGCGGCGUUUCAUCUCCCUGCGAGGUCACCCUAGAACAAUUUACAGUGACAACGGCACCAAUAUCACGGCAGGAGAAAAGGAGCUCAGGCAAGGGAUCGAAAAUCUCAAUUCGACGCGGGUGGCAGCAGAAUUCAUCGACCGCGGGAUCACUUGGAAAUUCUCCCCACCGUAUGCGCCGCAUUUUGGUGGUAUUUGGGAGCGUCAGAUUGGCUCCAGCAAGAGAGCCAUGCGCGCCGUUUUGGAAAACCGCUCGGUAACCGACGAAGUCCUUCGCACGGUUUUCGCAGAAGUAGCCUCACUUCUGAACUCACGGCCUUUGACCAACGUUCAAACUGAUCCGUCAGAGCCAGAGCCGCUCACUCCGUAUCACUUUAUUCUCGGUACCCCCCAUCCUCACCGAGCGCCUGAUACUGAAGAAGCAUUCGUGGAAGCAGGCCCAGUUCAUUGUGGACCAGUAUUGGAGACGCUGGAUGAAAGAAUACCUUCCGACUCUCAUCGAGCGGAAAAAAUGGGAAAGAACUGUCCGUCCGAUCAGAGUUGGUGA